AUGAAUAAGCUUUUGCUUCGCGGUGGCCUUGUCCGGGCAACAACGCGGAGUUCGGGCUCUUCCUUUGUCCAGUCGGCUGUGCGGCGUCACUCAUCCGCUGAGGAAGUGGCUCGGGAACACGCCGACCACGACGAUGACGUCGUAGGGAGGAGGCACGCCAUCAACACGACCACCACCUCAGGCAGCCCCGAUGCAUCGCCUCGGCAGGUUGACCGCUCCAGGGAAUACCGUGGGAAUGGCGCGGCGCCACCUGCGUGGUCCAGUUUGGCAGCCGCAAAUUCCCAGAGGAGGACCGCCGCCGACGGCAGCACCAGUAGAACGGAGGUGCGACCAAGCUCGUGGGGCCUCUCGCGAGAUCCCGAGAGAGCAGGUGCCGCUGCUGCUGUGUCAGCCCCUGCCAUGACCCGGGGCGCUCUGAACGGCAGCAGACCUCCGGCUUCGUUGAGGGUGAACGGAAAUGUUGCGCCCGGGGCGUCUGGCAACGGGAGUCAGGCCGUCGUUACGCGCAACGCUGCUCCCCAACAGAACAACAACAACAAUGCCAACAGCAGGGGGCCGGCGCGCAACCCGUGGGACAUCAAGCUCUCGCUCGAGCCAAAGUCUUACGGCGAUGCAGGGGGCAGCAGCAUUGCUAGGCUGGGCCAUCCGAGCGGGGUGGAGGCGAAAACAAAUGGCGCCGGUGGUGGUGUGAGGUCGGACCAUCUGAGACCUUUUCUGAACGGCGCCUCCUCCAGCUACUCCGACAACAAGGUAUCACCUCCAAACGCUUCAGCGCCAGCAAGCCGGAUGGCCAUGAGCUUGAAUGGGGACAGCGAGGCGCGCCGCAGGCCUCCAAUCCAUGGGCGAUCAGAGCAGCGGCGUUUGGCAGCCGCGCAAGAGAAAAGAGCGGCGGAGGUGGCGGCACAGGCGAGCUCGCUGCCCUGGAACUUGCCGGUGGCGAGGGAGGAGAGCAGCUCGGGUAUGCAGGAGCAGCGGGAGGCCCUGGACAAGAUGAUGGGAGGGGGAAGAUAUGGUGGGUCACACGCGGCACACCGAGGGUUGCAGGGAGCUUCAAGGAAGAAGAACGACGUCAAGGUCGUUCCCAAAGAAGUCCAGAUUCCCGCUGUAGCGGUGACUGUGCGUGAGCUGGCCGUGGCCAUGUCGAAGAAAGCUCGCGAGGUGGUUUCCAUGCUGAGGCAGAUGGGAGAGAGCAACGUGUCGCCGUCGUUCAUGGUGGAACCCGACAUCGCGCAGAUGGUAGCCAAGGAGUUUGGGCUGCGCACCAAGCUUCUCAAGCUCAGAGAUAGCGAGCUCGGCCGGACAAGGGUAACGGAAGAGACUUUCGACAGCCUCGAGCCCCGACCUCCGGUGGUGAGCGUGAUGGGGCACGUGGACCACGGGAAGACGACUCUGCUAGACGCUCUCCGAACGUCCAAGGCUAAGGUCGCCGGCACGGAGGCCGCGGGCAUCACUCAGAAGAUCGGAGCCUUCUCGGUGGAGGUGAAGGACUCGUCGGUGACGUUCUUCGAUACUCCGGGGCACGCCGCGUUCAAGUCGAUGCGCCACGCGACGUCAAGGCUAACGGACAUCGUGGUCGUCGUCAUCGCUGCGGAUGACGGGGUCAAGUCUCAGACUGUCGAGGUGUUCGAUUUGCUGAAGGAGUUUCCCAACUUGGCGCCCGUAGUGGCCGUCACGAAGAUCGAUCAGUACGACGUGGACACGGAGAAGGCGGUGGACAGGAUAUCCCGGCAGCUGCUGGAGCACAGCAUUCUCACAGAGGGCUACGGGGGAGAGGUGCCAAUAGUGCCGGUGUCGGCUGUGACCCGAGAAGGGUUCGAUGACUUGCUGGAGACGCUGCUGUUGCAAGCAGAGGUCCUGGAACUUCGAGCAGACAACAAGGCGGCAGCGGAAGGGCUGGUGGUGGACAGUGCUAUCGUGAAGGGGCAGGGGGGGGUGGCCGAUGUUCUCGUGACGUGGGGAAAGCUCAAGCCGAAGGAUGUUGUAGUAGCAGGGACGGAAUACGGCAAAGUACGGGGGUUGAUCAGCAGCGGUGGUAAGCGCAUGAAGGAGGCGGGAGCGGCGGAACCCGUUCGAAUCGUGGGGAUGAAGGGGCUGCCAAAGAUGGGAGACGAGGUGGUGGUGGUGGCUUCGGAGUCGGAGGCGCGCGCUGUCAUAGCGCAGCGUAUUAAGCAGCAAGAGGUCAAGGAACUCGAAAAGCAGGCUGAGAAGCUAGGCAGCAAGCGGUUAAGCGAGCAGGCUACGAAGCGGCUCAAGGACCUGGCAACGGCGGCGAUCAGAAGACGAGAGAAGGCCUUGUACGACGCCAGGGCGGCUGCGCGGGUGAUGAAGAGCCGACGGGACGAGUCAUCCAAGGCCGCGGCCAAGGCGGCAGAGGAAUUUGCCGCCAGGGCCAUGAGCUACGCCGAAGAGGCGAUCCGAAGAUCGGAGGCACAGCAAGAGGACCAGGAUGACGGCCCGACGAAGUGCUUCGCCAUCUUUAAGGCCGAGGGCUUCGGGAUGCUGGAGGCUAUGUCGCAGGUGAUGACCGAGGUCCCACAAGAGGAGGUGGAGCUGAGUCUUCUCAAGACCGGUCUGGGUUCAGUGACGCAGUCCGACGUAGAAGCUGCAGCUCUCGCAGAGGCUUCUAUCUUCGCCUUCAAUGUCGGAGGCGUCCCGGCGGACGUAAAGGCGAAGGCCCAAAAGGAGGGCGUACAGAUUCACAGCCACGACGUGAUCUACCGAUUCCUGGACGACAUUAAGGCAGUCAUGUCCAGCCUUUUGCCCCCAGCCUUCGAGGAGACCGUGAUCGGCGAAGCCAAAACCCUGCAGGUUUUCGAGACCACAGGCAAGAACAAGGAGACCGUUUCGGUCGCCGGCCUCGCAGUGUCCUCCGGUAAACUUAGCCGAGCCCACUACUUCAGGGUGAUGAGGGACGAGGAGGUGGUGGCGGAUCGAGUCAAGGCAGCCUCCAUGAGGCGCCACAAGGAUCGGGUCAAUGAGGUCACCAAGGACAAGGAGUGCGGCGUGGCUCUGGAGGACUUCGACGCCUUCAAGGAGGGAGACGUGGUGCAGUGUUACUCGCUCGAAGAGAUUAAGCGCACCCUGUGACGUGUGCCGGACCCAUCACAUCACAUCACAUCAGUCGCUUUAUUCUUGGCCGGCCCCUCCGACAGACAGACCCUCUCCCGGACAAAACGGACGGGGCGUGGUCUAUCUUUGACAAAGUCUAUUUAGUUGUAUUUUUUGUUGCCUCAUGACAAGCUCUGAAAAACUUGGGGGCCUUGCGGGGUGGGUAGCGCCUGGCGUUCUUCGAUGGCUGGGGCCGUCUUGGUGUUCACGCUUGGGUUCCUUGUCAAGGGUUUAGUUGUGCUCAAUUUAUUGGUUUCGUUCGUGGCACGCCUUGCAGUUUUUUUUUUUUUCCGUGUGAGGUGUAUGCUACAGUUUUUGCAAUUUGUUUACGUUCUUGAUGGGAUUAGGAUUUGAAGCAGCCCAGAGUACACCGGAAGCGUUAUUUGUUCUGGACGGACGGGCAUAACUCGUGAGUUCUCUCGUAGAGUACGGGUUGUUAUGAAAAGUUGCAGGACUUGGAGUUAUGCUGAUACCACACUGUUGUUUCGGGUGCUUGGGUGCGUUGCGGGGAAAAAACAGAACAAACGAUGCCGGGAAUGCCAUGUUUUGUGCAUUUUG